UCCGCCCGCUCGGGCUGCUGCGUCCCCACAUCGAGCCAACCCUGUGGUUCCUCCUGCAUGACGCACUGGUCCGCUCGGCUCAGCCCAGCUCAGCUCAACUCGGAACCGGCCAGAGCAACAUGCAGGAUGGCAAGCGUGGAGGCAGCCGCCGAACACGAAAGAAUCCUCCGGGAAAUCGAAAGCACUGACACCAACUGUAUCGGACCGACCCUCCGGUCGGUGUACGAUGGUCAGGAACAUGGCCUGUUCAUGGAGAAGCUGGACGCUCGCAUCAGAAACCAUGACCGAGAGAUCGAGAAGAUGUGUAACCACCACUUCCAGGGCUUUGUGGACUCCAUCACAGAGCUGCUCAAAGUACGAGGGGAGGCCCAGAAACUGAAGAGCCAGGUGACUGAGACCAACAGGCGUCUUCAGGACGACGGCAAAGAGCUGCUGAACUCCAUGGAGGAGUUGAAACAGUGCAGAGUGCAGCAGAGGAACAUUGCUACGACCAUAGACAAACUGACACACUGUCUGCCAGUUUUGGAGAUGUACAGCAGACUACAGGAGCAGAUGAGAGCCAAAAGGUACUAUCCAGCUCUACGGACUUUGGAACAGCUGGAGCAGACGUGUCUUCCCAGAGCGGGACAGUAUCGCUUUUGUUCCAUCAUGGCGGAAAACAUUCCCAAACUGAGGACGCAGAUCCGAGACACCGCCAUGUCACAGCUGAGGGACUUCCUGGAGAGCAUACGGAAACACUCGGACAAGAUCGGAGAGACCGCUAUCAAACAGGCCCAGCUGCAGCGCUCCUUGGACAGCUCAGUCUCCACACAGCCUCGGGCUCUGAUUGGUCGACGUGUGAGAAAAGAAGCAGCUGCGGGAGCGGGGACUGACGGAGGCAGUCCGCUGUCCGAACAGGAUUCAGGCAUCCUGGAUGUGGAGGAUGAAGAGGAGGAGGAGGAGGAUGUCCCAGGAGCUCAAGAUUUGGUGGAUUUCUCCCCAGUUUAUCGUUGUCUGCACAUCUACACUGUACUGGGUUUGCGUGAUGUGGUUUGAGACUACUACAGAAAACAGAGGAGGAAACAGGCCCGGCUCGUGCUGCAGCCCCACUCUAACAUGCAUGAAACUCUGGAGGGAUACCGGCGGUACUUCAAUCAGAUAGUUGGGUUCUUUGUGGUGGAGGAUCACGUCCUUCACACCACUCAGAGUUUGGUCAACCGAGCAUAUGUGGAGGAGCUGUGGGAGUUGGCUCUGUCCAUCAUCGCUGCCCUGAGGACACACUCGUCCUACUGCGAUGACCCGGACCUGGUGCUGGAUCUGAAGAACCUCAUUGUCCUGUUUGCUGAUACGCUGCAGGGAUAUGGAUUCCCAGUAUCACAGCUGUUUGACAUGUUACUGGAGAUGAGGGAACAGUACGGAGAAAUCCUGCUCAAGAAGUGGAACAUUACCUUCAGACAGGUGUUGGAUCAGGACAACUACAGUCCAAUCCCAGUGUCAUCAGAGCAGGAGUACAGACACUACACCUCCCAGUUUCCACUGCAGGACCCGGAAUUGGAAAAGCUUCCCUUCCCAAAGAAGCUUCCCUUCUCAGAGUUUGUGCCAAAAGUUUACUGUCAGCUCAAAGAGUUCAUCUACGCCUGUCUGAAAUACUCUGAAGACUUACAUCUGAGCUCUACGGAGGUAGAUGAUAUGAUCCGCAAGUCCACAAAUCUGUUGUUGUCCAGAACUCUGAGCCACUGUCUACAGUACGCCAUUAAGAAGAAGAAUGUCGGACUGGCAGAGCUGGUGCAGGUGAUCAUCAACACCACCCACCUGGAGCACUGCUGCCACUUCCUGGAGGAGUUUAUAUCCAACAUCACCAACGUCCCUCCAGACACUGUCAAUGCCACCAAACUGUACGGAACCUCCACCUUUAAGGACGCUCGUCAUGCAGCAGAAGCCGAGAUCUACACCAGUCUGAACGCCAAGAUUGACCAGUUCCUGCAACUGGCUGAUUAUGAUUGGACGGCACCGGUGCAAGGGGGCGGGACUCUGGCCCCCAGCGACUACCUGACUGACCUGAUCGCCUUCCUGAGGAGCACCUUCAGUGUCUUCACCAACUUGCCUGGUAAAGUGGCCCAGACGGCCUGCAUGUCCGCCUGCAAACACAUCUCCACCUCCCUGAUGCAGCUGCUGCUCGACCCAGAGGUCCGACAGAUCUCCAUGGGAGCCAUGCAUCAGCUCAACACUGACAUCAAGGAGUGCGAGAGUUUUGCCAGAGCCGGCCCGGUCGCAGGCUUCCAGGGUGACACGUUGCUUCUGGCCUUCAGUGACUUGAGACAAUUACUGGACCUGUUCACGCAGUGGGACUGGUCCGCCUACCUGGCAGACUACGGGAAACCCUCCUGCAAAUACCUGAGAGUCAACCCACACACUGCACUGGCCCUGCUGGAGAAGAUGAGAGAAACUGGGAGGAAGAACAACGUCUUCGCUCAGUUCAGGAAGACGGACAGAGACAGACAGAAGCUCAUCGACACCAUCAUCAAACAGCUGCGCAACCUCAUCACCCAGCACCAGUCUUAAACCUGUCCACCACCCCUGACCUCUGACCCCUGACCUGUAGUUUAUCUAUGCACCUUAUCUGGAUCAGACUGCAUCAACCACAGUCUCAACCCAUGACUGGUUCAGGUUCCUUUUCACUUCGUCUGAAGUUUUGGGACAAUCUCUGUGAACAUGAGUUGAACAUCAGUCUUAUAAGGAAACAUGUGAUGUGUUCUUCUGUCUGGAUGUGAACUGAGUCACAGUAAGAGUCUACAGGUGAACGGCAGAGUAUGUUCAGUCUGAAGGUACGGUCACUCCACAAUGAAACACUACAACGGUGUAAUUAGAACCACAUAAGAAAAUAAAAACACUUAUUACUAACAGACUAAAGUCAUAAAAUAUCAAGAUAAACCCAUCAUUUUAUGAGAAUAAAGUCAAAUUUCAAAAAUAGUCAUAAUUUUACCAGAAUAAAGCCAUAAUAUUAUGAGAAUAACAUCGUAAUUUAAAAACAGGUGGAAAAAUAUCAUAAUUUACAAGAAUAAAGUUGUACCCAUUUGUUGCAUAAUGUAGAACUUGUACAUUCUGUGAGGUUGUACUUUUAUUUGGGGUUUACGCACAAAGGCCAAAUACGGAGCCUAUUAACCCCGCCCACCAAAUACGGAGCCUAUUAACCCCGCCCACCAAAUACGGAGCCUAUUAACCCCGCCCACCAUCAACACAUUCGCAUUAGUCGUCCUCUCCAACAGAAGUGAAAGUUGCUGCUUCACUUGUUGCGUUUGCUGUCACUGGAAACUGUCAUCAUCGAGGAUUAAGGCUUAAGAUUUAUAAAUGAUGACUUUUUACUGUGAAUUAAUUUUCAAAAUAUUAUGACUUUAAUCUCAUAAAAGUGCGACAUUAUGUUCAUUAAUCUGUGAGGGUUUUUUUUUUUGUUUUUACUACGACUUUAUUCUCCUAAUAUUAUGGCUUUAUUCUCAUAGUGAGAAGUGUUUUUAUUUUGCCUGUGGCCCUACUACGCCUUCGUACUUCUGGAGGUUUCCUGGAACAAACCAAACAGUGCAUUCAUUCUCCUCCUCUGUGUUGAUCGACUCGUUGCCUCCAGUGCAUUAGGUUUUGUGUCUUCAUUUGUCUGUUGUUUUUCAUCUCUGUGUUCAGUGACUCAGCUGAUCCGUGGGUUUUCCAAGUCGCCAAUCACCUGUAAAGUCUUCCUCGAUGAUGUCGCACAACAUCAGAACAUACUGAAUGUACAUCCAAGUGGUCUUCCACAGUCGAAUGUUACUUUAGGCGCUAAAUGUAGGGUCAGAGGUGGAGUUGACAAACCUCUGAUGGAGCACUGAUCACAGCCCAGGUGGUCCUGAAAAGACCCAGACAUGGGAUUCAGUUAGAGGCUUGAAUUUCUGCAGAUUUACUGAGGAUCAAAAACGUGGAUGUGGAUCAAAAUGUGGAUGAAAUGAUGGAAAAUGAAAGUGCAGUCAUGUCUCAGCAGCAGUAUGUGCAUGUCAUCAUUAGGAUGGUCAGGUUUAUGAACUCCAACCUGUUUGAACCUCAGCAGGUGUUACGUCCACGUCAUGUCCCCAAAGUGUCAGCCAUGGGUUUUUAAGGACUUAUUCUAAACUGAAUGAAACAUAACUAUUUGUGGUGUUCUUUUCCCUUUUUUCUGAAAUGGAAAAGAUCACUCAGUGUAUAAACUGUUAGAUUUGGGGUGAAUUAGACCUCCCCCCCCCAAAAAAAUCUAAAUUAAUAUACAUCCUUUUAACACAUGACACAAAAAAGACACUUCAUUUGGUUUGGUUUUCUUUACAUGUUCAGUCACUGCAUCACAUUUUUCACUCUGACUUUCCUCCAUGUUCAGGUGAUUAUACACUCAUGAAAGUAUAAUUGUUUUCUGAAUAUUAAACUGAACAGUCUGGCAAAAAAAGUCCCACAUUGGAUAAACUUUGGUGAACUUCACUGAGGCGUCAUAAAUGCCUGGAGUCACAGGAAAUGUCACAGCCUUUAUCUCCGUCCACAGCUGCAGUGUGUUUGACCAAGACCUGGUACUGAGGAUGGAGACCUGGACCUAUGUGGACCACGGAUUCUUAAGGGGGUCCAGGUCUGGGUCCAGGUCUGGGUCCAGGUGUGAAAAUGACGCCUCCUGCUCCUUGAACCACUCGUUCAUAUUUAACCCCAGUCUUUAUGCUGUCUGCAAACUGAGGCUUAUUUCUAGGGCUGUGUAUCGGCAAGAAUCUGGUGAUACGAUACAAAUCACAAUACUAGGAUCACAAUGCGAUAUAUUGCGAUAUAUCAUGAUAAUGUUAACAGGGCGAUAUU